AUGCUCGAAGACGAGAUCUACCGAACAUCAUCGCAGUAUCGCCUCUGGUCCUUCACCAAAGAAUCCCUCUGCUUAAUACGGGCCAAUUCCAAUACCGUUGCCAGCGAACGUGUUAAAGAUGCGAUACGGCGUGCUAAAAAUGAUGCGCGAUCGCAGCAGCCCGCAGCCACAGGUGCUAGAUCCAGUAGCGGUACCCCAAACGCGACCGGUGAUGCUGAUGAUGGAAAAACUGCAGAGGCGACGAUAGGCAGUGGUGAGCAGACAACAGAGAAGGAGAAGGAUAAGGAGAUUGAAUGCUUGACGGUGGAGGAGGAGCUGGAGUUGGUGAGGUAUUAUUGCGAGAAGACGAUGGAGUUGGGCGAUGAGUAUAAGCCGCCGUUGCCGACGGUUGUUAGGGCUACUGCGAUCCAAUACCUCCGCCGCUUCUACCUUACCAACUCCCCCAUGACCUAUCACCCCAAGUCCAUUAUGCCCUGCGCUCUCUUCCUCGCUACAAAGACAGAAAACUACUACAUGUCCCUACGCUCAUUUGCAGAACACAUCCCAAACGCUACGCCGGAGGAUAUCAUCGCGCCCGAAUUUCUCCUUACACAGGGACUUCGCUUUACCUUUGACGUCCGCCACCCGUUCCGCAGCUUAGAAGGUGGAAUCAUGGAACUAAACGCCAUUGCGCGAGGGGAUGGCGCUCCGGGCCCACACCACCCUGAGCAAACAGCAGCCGGUCUGCAACAGGCAAUCCAAUCGCUUCCGCCGCCGCCUCCUCUUACCCUGGCGGCGGCGGAAUAUCCAGACCAGAAGAAACCAGGUGGUAGUGGGUCCAUUACCUCCCGCAUCGCCAAGGCACAUCAUAACACUCGCGAAAUCCUCCGGUCCGCAGCACAAUUGACGGAUGUAUAUUUUCUCUACACACCAUCUCAAAUAUGGCUCUCCGCUUUCCUCCUGGCCGAUAGGCCGAUCGCGGAAUUCUACAUCGACACAAAACUCAUCCCAUUACCGUCCACCACCUCACAAUCACAAUCGCAAUCACAAUCACAGCCCUCAAAAGACGUCUUCUCAGUCCUCCGCACCAAACUCUCCCUCAUCCUCAAUUCCUGCUCCACGAUCCUCUCCACCUACCAGACGAACCAUAUGCCAUCAACCGCACCCGCCACUAUGAAAAACCUCAAACGCAUCGGCAGAAAACUAUACCACUGCCAGAAUCCGGAGAAGAUUGACUUGCGAAAUUUAAACCGCGCCGCGAAGCGUGAGGGUUCCUCUGCUGCUGCCGUGAAAGGAACUGGGACUGGGACAGGGACACCUGCUGCCGCAGCUGAAGUUGGCGCUGGCGCUGGUGCUGCAGGUGAUGAUGAUGAAGCGGAACUGCAGCGAGCGGCGAAGAAGCGGAAGCUGGAGAGGGAGAGAUUUCAGCAGGAAGGGGCGAGGCUUUUCGGGGGAGAUUUGGUGGAACAUAGGAAGAAAAAGGCGGAAACGGAUUGA